GGAGUCCCCGGCACACAUCCUUUGUCCAUGUUUGGGCAUUUACGUCACGGUGGCAGGGACGGGGCCUCCCGAAAUGGCAGUGGCCCGGGGAGUCGGAAGCCCAGAGCCAGAGCUGCCGCUGCUAUAUAAGGGGGGGGGACGCGGGUUGGGGGAGCCUGGCUGCGCUUUGGAGAAGCGAGAAGCCGCCGCCCCAGGCCGGUCCCGGCGAGCGAGGGCGCCGCGGUCCCCCGACCCUAUUCCCAAAGGCGAGCGCCCAGAGCCAGGAGCUCAGGCGCCUGGGUCUGCGCAUCGCAGGGCGCCCCGACCGCUGGUCUCCCCUCCACCCGCGCGCCCCCAAACCCAGCGGGUGAGGCCCCGGGUGCCCCGCAGCCGCCGCCGCGCCAUGCUCCACCUCAGCGAGUUUUCUGGCCCCGACGCGCUCCUGGUCAAGUCCACCGAGGGCUGUUGCGCGGAACCCAGCACCGAGCCCCGGAUACCUGCCAGGGACGCGCCAGCGGCCAUCGGCUACCCGGGAGCAGGCGACUUCUUGAGCUGGGCUUUGAGCAGCUGCGGCGCCGGGGGAAAUUUAGCCGACUCCUGCUUCCUGGAGGGGCCUGCGCCCACGCCCCCUCCGGGCCUCAGCUACAGCGGUAGCUUUUUCAUCCAGGCUGUACCCGAACACCCGCACGACCCAGAGGCACUCUUCAACCUCAUGUCAGGCAUCCUAGGCCUCGCACCCUUCCCCGGCCCCGAAGCGGCAACAUCCCGGUCCGCGCUGGACGCCCCCUUUCCCGCGGGUCCUGACGCUUUGCUGCCAGGUCUGCCGGACCUUUACUCCCCGGAUCUGGGCGCUGCUACCUUCCCAGAAGCGUUUUGGCAGGCUUCGCCCUCCGCGGGCGCCCCUUCGCAGUGCCUGUAUGAGCCGCAGCUCUCCCCGCCCGACGUCAAGCCGGGCCUCCGAGCUCCUCCGGCGUCUCCAGCGCUGGACGCUGCCUCGGCCUUCAAGGGCCCCUACGCCCCCUGGGAGCUGCUCUCUACCGGGGCCCCAGGGAGCUCCGGGUUACAGGGAAGCUAUCAGGCAGCCUCCGAGGCCCGUUUCCCCGCGAUGGGAACAAAGAUUGAAGACUUGCUGUCCAUCAGCUGCCCCGCAGAGCUGCCGGCCGGCCCGGCCAACAGACUCUACUCCGCAGAGGCCUACGACGUUUUCCCUCUAGUCCCUGGUGACUUAGGGGAGGGGACCGAAGGCCUCCCGGGGCUCCUGACCCCUCCUGGUGGGGAGGGUGGGAGCAGCGGCGACGUCGGAGAGUUUCUGGCCAGUACACAGCCUCAGCUAUCCCCGCUGGGUCUCCACAGCGCCGCGGCUGACUUCUCAAAACCUCUGGUGGUGGACAUUCCCGGGGGCAGUGGGGUGGCUGCGCCUCCCGGGCCGCCGCCCGCCCCAUUUCCCCCGGCCAAGGCGCGACGAAAGGGGCGCCGGGGCAGCAAGUGUAGCGCUCGCUGCUUCUGUCCGCGGCCGCAUGCCAAAGCCUUUGCUUGUCCGGUGGAGAGCUGUGUGCGCAGCUUUGCGCGCUCAGACGAGCUCAACCGGCACCUGCGCAUCCAUACCGGCCACAAGCCCUUCCAGUGUCGCAUCUGCCUCCGCAACUUCAGCCGCAGCGACCACCUCACCACGCACGUGCGCACCCACACUGGCGAGAAGCCCUUCGCCUGCGACGUGUGCGGCCGCCGCUUCGCGCGCAGCGACGAGAAGAAACGGCACAGCAAGGUGCACCUCAAGCAGAAGGCACGCGCCGAGGAGCGGCUCAAGGGCCUCGGCUUUUACUCCCUGGGCCUCUCUUUCGCCGCCCUGUGAGCGAGAUGAGUUUGUAGGUUGGGGCGCCGCCGCCUGGCGCACACGAGAAGACCACCCCCUUCAUCGCCCCCCUUCCCACCUCUUCCCUGCGCGCCCCUGGGCGGGCUUAAGGUCCCGCCUUCAGUUUCCGCGAAGCACCCGCCGCACACGUCCCGUUCAGCACCAGCUCCGCGGACAGCUCCCGCGGUUUGUGAGCGGCCGUAGCCGCCAGCCGCGCUUUGAGGAAAGUCCUCUCAGACCACCACUGAGCAGGCACUUCCCUGGGACUCAAGACAGUCUUUUGUAUCUGGCGCACGCCCCCACGCCCUCCCUAUGCCCCCUAGAGACAGGCUGGGGCAGCGCCGAGCCGGUCUCGCGCGGGACUUUGUACAGCAAUGUCGUUUCCAGCAGCCAUUGGAUGUAACGUUUUGCUUUGGGGUUAUUUCUUUUUUGUUGUUAAUUUUUGUAAAGCAGAUGCUACUCUCAAGCAGUUGACAAAACUGUUUAUUUUUGCAAUUAAAAUUAUUGUGCUAAAA